ACCAGUUCUCGUCGUGCAGCAGCAGGCAGCAACACCUGCAGCAGUUCGGAUGGCCGUUGUCGUCGUCGUCGCCGUUGUCGUCGUCGAGUUGUCCUCCUCUCCUCGUUCCUCUCAACCCCCUUCUCUCCAACUACCACCACCACCACCACUCUGGACUCCACCCAUCGGCAUUCAUCUCACAUUCUCACCGUUGUCAAUAUCAUCAUAUAGAGCACGGCUACACACAGGACUCGAGAACGAACAAGAGCCAGAAUCCACCACGACACGAAACACCACACCACCACCCCCUGCACCACCCCUUCCUUCCCCCCAAAGUCGCACACCGUCGCCGCCCUCACUACCACCACCACGCUGGCCGCCAUCACGACCACCACCAACCAACCCCACCGUUGCACUCUUCCCUCUCCAACCCGACUCGUCGCCCCAGCGACACUAUCAAGAUUGCUGACCUAGCCAUCAUCUCCCCUCUCCUCCCCCGAGUGCGAAAACGCCUCUACUCCUUUGGCAGCACAACCUGCCUCUCUACACCAGACCGCGGCACAAAGAGGUGCAAGCGCUCCGGAAAGCGUCGUCCACAACACCGUCCCCGGGCAAUGCCCGUGCUCUCUCACGCUCUCCCCGUACACCCCCUCCCCACAUCAUUUGCCCCGCCGCGCCAGCACCAGCACCAGCAGGCAACACCUUCCUCCGCGACCCCCUCGACACCGUCAACCGCCGUGCCGCCACACUACCAGACCUCUUCUCCUCUCGGCCUCGACGCUGGCCCAAGCACCCCCUGGACAUCCCACGGCUACUUUGACGCGCCCCACCUCCAGCCCCCGGACCUGUCACCACCAGGUCUAGCCCGCUGCUCUUCCGAACCCCCAGUAACCACUCGAGACAUGACGGCCCGCGUCACCGCUUCGCGCUCAUCGUCGCGCACACCGUCGCUCCCGGCGUCAAACGACAGCCGGACAGACCUGAAGUCGCUGCCAGUAACUCCCAAAGCAUCGACCCCCGGCGGGGUACCAUACCUGUCGAGCGACGCACUCGCAGGCGCACUCAUGGCUUCUGUUUCGACGCCAGCAUCCCCUUGCCGCCCUUCACACAUUGCCCUCCCUUCGCCUUCGGUCGUGCCCUCGGGUGCGCCACAACCGGCGGCUGCCUCGUCGGCCGCGCAGCGAGGCACAAGGAGACACGCCGCUUCGGCAGGGGCAACACCGGCGCGCUCCCCGCUCGAGCAGUACACCGACCUCUUCCUGCUCGAGCCGCACGAGUACGACUCUAUUACCGACGGCGAGCUUGUCCGCCUAUACGACCGUGGCAUCCUGGAGUGGAGCGUGCUUGAGCAGAUUGUCGACGCGAGCAUCCGCAUCCAGCGCUCGUGCACCGACGCCGACCGGGCCGUGUCGAUCAAGAUUCGCAGGGCCAUGAUCCGCCACGCGCUCGAGGAUUAGGGGCGUGCGAGGCGCACGGCCUUGAGCCGAGCGCAGUAGAGGGGGGCACGCGGGCCGUGCAUCAAUGUACGCACGCCGCAACGCCCGCCUAUCAACGACGAUAUACCAGCGAUCGCAACGGGGAACACGCACUACGCAACAGCGCGGACGCGGCCACUUUUGCCGACCCUUUGGCGGCUUGGCAGUGCAACGGUGGCGGCGACGGACUUGCGGAGGUACGCCUCCCCCUCCCCGCCCCGUGCCACCCACUCGCCCACCGUGGCCGCCCUCCACCGCGGCUUCUGCUCCCCCACCCACCACAACAACCCCUUGCGUCGCAAACGGACACUGGGAACACCUGGCACCUUGGUGCACACUGGCAUGCACGACAUGCGCUGCUGUUCGACAUACACGGCCACGAACAGCCGCGCGCGGUAUGCAGACACCGCCGCCGCCACAAUCACCACCAACAACACCACGAACAACCCACCACGCACACCAUGCACUAUACGAUUCCAUCCCAUCAGCACUCACUACCACACACAUAUACGCACCAUCAUGUUGACGAUUCUUUACGCUACAUCCGUACCAUCUCACACUGUUGCAUCAAUGCAAUGCAGCCGGACACUAUUGUGUAGUAUGUAUGCUAUGCCAUCAAAUGAAAUGUUGUGAAGCGU